AUGGCCAUAGUUCUGCGAUUGCAAGGCCUAGAUGUGAAGGCAGGUAUUGAAGAUAUACGGAAAUUCUUUGAAUACCUUCGCAUACCAGAUGGAGGAGUUUACAUAUUGGGAGGAAGUCUCAGAGAGGCAUUUAUUGCCUUCAACACUGAACGAGAUGCCCAGCUUGCCAUGCGGCACACUGGGAGUUUACUCAAAGGGUCUAAAGUGACUCUACAUAUAAGCAGCAUGACAGAGCUGGAGCACAAGUUGAAAUUGUUGUUGAAGGGGAAGAAACCCUCCCCCACCAGACUUAUUGUCAGGAGACCUCAGCCAUUUGUAGAGCAAACUUUCAAUACAGAUGUAAAGGUGAAGACACCCUCCCCCACCAGGCUUAUUGUUAAGAGCCCUCAGCCUUCCUUUACUGCAGCUCUACCACCUAGUGCAACGUCACAUGGCCCCAUUACUGCAGAUCUACAAACUUCAAGUGUAGGCUCAUUUGAUUCCAACGCUGCCUUUCUUCUUGGGGUUUGUACGGUCCUCAAAAGUCUCCAGUCUCUCAAUGAAGGAGAAAACAAUGAGGUGGAGCCAAGGGUUGAUCCUCGCUUGGCUGACAGAGUUGUUGAGUCUAAUAUGGUGAGGAAACCAGAGCAAACUCAGACUUCAAGGCCAGGCUAUGUAAGGCUCUUUGGUCUUCCAGCCUCAAUUACAAAAGAGGACAUCUGCCAUUUUUUCAGAGGGUUGAAAGUACAGGAAACCAUAGUGAAUGUGAUGUUGGGACUCAACCAUGGCUGCCUUGUAAAGUUUGCAAACAUGCAGGAUGCACAUGAAGCUCUUUGCUUCAAUCAACAAUCACUGGGCUCCAACUGUGUGGAGGUACGUGGAGCAACGGAGAAGAUGUGGACCAGUGCGCUACAAGAAUGUGAAACAGCUUUUGAUGUUGAGAAGAAAAAACCCCUCAGUGAAAGUGCAAACCACAGACAUAAAUUCAUUUCUACAUUGCAAAUCAAAAGAAGAUCUGUCAAUCGGUUUCCAGUUCCAUCUAAAUCACCAAAAAAGCCAAGAACUGAUUGUGACUCAUCAACUCCCAUGUCAGUGACUAUGGAGUACAUUGUCAUGGUCAGAAAUAUACCCAAAAACAUGACCAAGAUUGAAAUUAAAGAGUUGUUUGGCUGUCCAAACAUUGCACACAAAAACGUACUACAUCUGCUCGACAGGGAAGGCAACAGAACGGACACAGCAUUUAUCAUUUUUAACCACACUGAGGAUUAUGACUAUGCAAUGAAUCUCAACGGCUGCCAUGUGGGCCCUGAUGCCAUUGAGGUCUCAUCAAUCACCAGGGAGAAGAUGAGGGCCAUGAUGGCCAUGGUGUCCAAAACCUAUUCCAGGGGCCUUAACCAAUGUCUGAAGAUAGAUGCAAAGAGGAAACUGAUUGGAAAGAGAAAAUCCAGUUCUGUUGAGACACCAGGAGGGACGCCGAGCACAAACGUGGACCCAGCAGCUCAGACAUGCCUCUUUGUGAGAAACUUGCCUGCAGAUGUACACAAAGGACAUAUAAAAAAGCUUUUUCAUGAAUACAAACUGAGAAAUGGUAAUAUCAUCUUAUUGCAUGACAGUGAUGGCAACAGUAUUGGUGAGGCUGUGGUUCAGUUUAAAUCACAGAAACUUGCUACAAUGGCUCAAGAGCUCCACAGUCAGGACUUCCUAGGGUCAAAAGUGCUUUUGACUCCCAUAAAUGUGAAGCAGAUGGAGGACAUCUUGGCAAGAUCUGUUUGAAGAAGUUGGCUACUAGUUGAACAUUAACACUUUUGUUACAGUUUUUCCUCAGUUGAGUUGGCUCACUUCU